AUGCUAGGAGGUUUGUUGAAGCGGCGCCGUCCACACGGCGACCGUGGAGUCUCAAGGAAAACUGUCGAUCAGGAGAAUCAGGGGGGUGGAGGCCUCGCGGUCCUCGUCUCGGAGGCCGCCACUUCAUGCAGGAGAACGUCCAACAUGCCUCGGUGCGUGAAAAGACGCCUAGUGACCGCAGCCGAGCUGGUGGAAGCUCAGGCGGACGAAGGUCGUCUGUCUGUGGUCGGUAGCGAAGUCGACGCGACAAAUGCCAAGGACCAACCGCUAGUUCAAGCGUGGUUCGUGGAUCUGGUUUUUCAGCUGCUGACCGCCCUCGCUCUCUGCUGCCUUGCUUUCGCAGUGGGCAUCAUCAUCGGCUCCAUCAUGUGCCGCACGACGCUCUUCAGCGGCGCCAGCCUCGACAGACUCGAGGGCAGGAGCCCAGCAACGCAUCCCUGGGUGCACAUGUACCUCCCUGAUGCUUCGACUGCGGCAAAGUGGAGGAACCCGAACCCGCCCGUAAAGGCUGUUUUGCGUGGGGCCUUCGACGUGACGCUGCCGGAGUUCUGCCUCGGUUCCUACGUCGAGGCUUUGUCCGCCGUGGCGACUCUGUCGUAUCUGCCUGCCGACACCAUCGGCACGGAUCCAAGUGAAACGUGCUUCACGUCGUCUUCUGCAGGCUCAAAAGGCGCGCCGAGCGCCAGUAACUCGACUUCGCCAGCCGACUCCGGCGGCGUCUCGUCCGGCGCCACUCACCUGUCCGCUCCGGGGGACUCCUCCCCGGUCCGCCGUCUUUCGAAGGCGAGCGGGUCAGAUGAAAAGAGUUUCGUGUCUUCGCAGUACGUGCCCGCGCUGUUGGCUCCCGAUCUGGGGACGUCUCUGCGAGCCAACUUGGUGACGCGAGCGAUCUACGGCUUGUCGCUGAUCGCGAGUGCAGGGUCGGAAUCCGGCGGGCCCGUGGACGUCCCGACGUUCAGCCCCGUGACAGGCGGCACCGUGGGGGUGUCACGGGUGUUCAUGCAGCAUUCCCCUGCCUCGAGCUACCCUGUGGGCAUCAUGCGGAAUGCGGCCAAACACAACCCUGCGCUCGCGCCGCCGACUCUGCUGAUUCACAACGUCGUUCCGUUCAUCGUCGGCCUGCCUCACGGCCUCAACUCAGCCCGCUUCACAGUCACGCUAAAUGUCCCUCUCGUUGAACAGGACGAGCGCGUCCUGCAGGCGCUACGGGGAGACUGCGGGAUGGGCCGAAUCUACUUCGGCGUCGAACUCACCAUCCAGGCGGUGCGCGUGAUGUUCUUCACACACCAUGACGGCUCGCACCCAGUUCUGCCGUUCAGACUCCCCUGCUCAGUCUUCACAGUCGCUGACGAAGCCCAGUGGCCCCCCCACACACCUCCGAGCUUCACCGAAGGCGUCGUAAGACUUGCUCAGGAGUACAGCACGGUCCGCCUCAUUUUCGGCGACCGCUGA